AUGUCAAGCCAUCACGGCUCGAGCCACGACGGCGCAGCAGAGUUCUGCUGCUCCCUUCAUUAUUCUCCCGAUGCUAGGAAGAACAGCCAGACGCAGAGUAGAGAGAAUGUAGCUUCGCUGGCAUCCUCAAAGACGUGCUGCUGUACCUUGCACCACUCCCCGCUCCCCAAACCUCUCUUCACGAACGAUGCUACGUCCCUAUCGUCUCGCGAUGCGGGUAACCCUCCCGUGGUCUCUGGAGAGCCAGCUGAAGAAGGAGGAAAGAAAGACUGGCGAUUCUGGAUGAUUUUCGUCUCCGUCUGCGUCACGACUCUCCUGGUCGCCAUCGAUCUCUCCAUCGUUUCAACCGCCCUCCCAACCAUCGCCCAGGACCUCAAUGCUGACGAACUCUUUGUCUGGGUCGCAAACGCAUAUGUUCUGGCCUCUACUGCCGUCCAGCCUCUUUUCGGUCAAGCUGCCAAUAUCUUCGGACGGAGAUCGUUGACUAUCGCUUCCGUGCUGUUGUUUAUGCUUGGCUCUGGUCUGGCUGGUGGUGCAACGAAUAUUGGCAUGAUCAUUGCCGCGAGAACUAUCCAGGGUGUUGGCGGUGGUGGUAUCAUUACUUUGGGAGAGAUCAUUAUUUGUGAUCUGCUUCCUCUUCGAGAAAGAGGUCAAUACACAGGUCUUCUCGCUGGGACGUAUGCUAUUGGAACCAUCAUAGGACCUGUCCUUGGUGGUAUCUUUACUCAACACGUAACAUGGCGAUGGAUCUUCUACAUCAACUUGCCCAUCUCUGGACUGGCACUUUGCUUCAUUGUUCCGUUCCUUAACUUGAAGUAUCGUCGCGUCGGAACAAUCUGGGACCGAACGAAGCGUGUUGACUGGCUAGGUAACUUCGUGCUCAUCGGUGCUGUCACGGCAAUCCUUCUCGCACUCGCUUGGGGAGGCACCAAAUUCUCCUGGAAGUCAUGGCACAUUCUCGUCCCCAUGAUCAUUGGUUUCCUUGGAAUCGCGGCCUUUGCUCUGAUCCAGAUCUCUGGCUACGUCGAUGAGCCCACUAUGCCACCUCAACUCUUCUCCAAUCGCACCUCGGUCUCCAUCUACAUCAUGGCAUUUGUUCACGGCAUUCUUCUCCUAUACGUCACUUAUUUCCUACCAGUAUACUUCCAGGCUGUUAAGGGUGCCUCACCCUCUAGAGCAGGUGUCGAGCUCUUCCCAACUGCCACGACCAUCGCUCCAGCUGCCGCCAUCUCAGGUGUAAUCAUUACGAUUACUGGCAAAUACAGGAUAUUCCACUACCUAGGCUUCGUACUAAUGUCACUCGGCUGCGGUCUCUUCGCUCUACUCGACGAAGACUCCUCCAUCGCCGCAUGGGUAGGAUUUCAAGUACUCUUUGGACUCGGCAACGGUAUGGUCUACAACUCCAUGAUUCCCCCUCUCCUCGCAUCCCUCCCACCAAGCGAAGUCGCAACUGCAACUGCCACUUGGACAUUCAUGCGCUCCUUCGGCUCGAUCUGGGGCAUCGCCAUCCCUUCCGCGAUCUUCAAUGACCGUGUCAAUCAUCUGGUCAAGGAACGUCUCGCCAAUGCCCCGGCUAUCGCCGCUCAGCUCGUCAAUGGCAGAGCAUAUGAGCGUGCCACAGCUGUCUUCAUUGCCAGUCUUGGAGCCAAUGUUAGGCCGAUUGUGGUUGGUAUCUAUGUUGAUGCGCUGAAGGUUGUUUGGUAUGCUAGUAUCGCUUUUGCGGUUAUUGGGUUGCCAAUCUGUCUCUUUGUAAAAGGAUUGGAUUUGAGCAAUAUCCUUGAGACGGAGUUUGGGAUGGAGGAGAAGAAGAAGAGUGGAAGUGGAAGUCCUGCUUAG